UGGCAUUUUUGCAUUAUUCUUUGGCUUAAGUUACGGUAAGCCAUAUUCCAUUUCCUUGCUGUAAUAACACAGCAUUCCUCUUAGUGUCAUAGUCUCUGAGCACACUUGAGGCUGUAUCUCGCUACAAGAGUAGGUCUAUACGUGUUUAUCCUACGAUGGAGGAUGUGGACCAAAAGUCCUUGGGACUUGCUGAGAUUUACCAACAGAGUUUACAAUUUUUCAAAAUCAUGGAAGGAUCAGCAAAUGUGCCUAACUUUGAAAAAAAAUACAUUUGUCAUGACUUCAUUUUUGGACGCUGCUCUCAACAAGCCAAGUGCAUGGGCGUUCAUUCUACUAUGCCAUACCAAUGGGAGGUGGAGAAUGGACGUGGCUGGUCACGUAUCCCAGACAAUGAGGGCGUUGAAAGGGACUACUGUGACCCAGCAAAGACACAGAGUUGCAGGAUACCACCGGUUAACUUUAUCACCAUGACUCGUGGACACCGCAAAGUUCGCCGCCUUGCUACGGUUUCCUCCCUGGACCAGCCAGAUGCUGUCUUUGUUACCAAGUGGACCUGGUACUGGGAGGAAAACCAUGGUGGCUGGACUCCAUAUUUGUCACCAACUGUGGAGGACCUAGAGAGGAUGUACAUGGAUCCAUCUCGUGGCUCAGUGAUUGAGUUUACUGCUGGAAGAUUCACCUAUGAAGUCAAUUCGGAAGUCAUGAUCCAGAUAAAUACAAGCUCACACACCCAACGACUGGUAAGAAGACGACCGAUGUUCAAAUCAUCCAUAGAUGUUCAGAGAACUACUGGCACAUCUAAUACCACCACUUCUUCUGUGCCACCUUUCUGGGACCAGUCUCGGUUGCCUGGGAUUGGCUUUGAGAGAGUUAUGUUGCCAAACUCAGCAAAGGAAUACAAAGACAUCAAGGCCAUUUUUGAUAAAACAACAGUGGGGUUCAACAUACGCACCAUCGAGAGAGUGCAAAACCCUAUCCUAUGGAAGUUCUACGUGCUGCAAAGAGAUCAGAUGGAAUCCUCAGGGACAAGCAUCAAUGAGAAGCAGCUUUUCCAUGGAACUGACUCCAAACAUGUUGACAGCAUUUGCAGAAACAACUUUGACUGGAGGCUAUGUGGAACAAAUGGAACUUCAUUUGGAAAAGGAAGUUACUUUGCCAGGGAUGCUAAGUACUCACACAGCUACACCAGCCAGUCAGGAGCAAGGUCCAUGUUUGUUUGUCGUGUGCUGGUGGGAGACUACACUGUGGGAAACUCCAGCUAUGUGAAACCACCUCCUAAAGAAACCGGAGGAUCCAUCUUCUAUGACAGCUGUGUGGAUAACAACCAAGACCCCAAAGUGUUUGUAGUUUUUGAAAAGUAUCAGGUUUACCCCGAAUACCUCAUAGAGUACAGUGAUACUGCUUCUCCACCAAACCUUGCUACUCAGCCAAAUCCCAUUGUUCAACCAAACCCUACUCACCAGCCAAAUCCCAUUGUCCAACCAAACCCUACUCACCAGCCAAAUCCCGUUGUCCAACCAAACCCUACUCACCAGCCAAAUCCCAUUGUCCAACCAAACCCUACUCACCAGCCAAAUCCCAUUGUCCAACCAAACAGUACUCCCCAGCAAAAUCACAACGGCUCAGAUUCAGAUGACCCUGUGUUUAAUGUAUGUUGUUUGUGUUUAGUCUGGACUUUAUGUUGCCCAUGUGGCAUCUACUUUUAUUUUUGUCACGAUGAUGAUUGACCAGGCCUUGGUGUAUACAGGUACCCUCUAGCAAGGCACUUAAGCCAAAUUGCUCCAGGGAUGCUGAUAUGGCUGACCCUGGCUCUGGUCCCAUCUCUCUGAGGUUCAGGGUUUCUGUUAGCUGAUAAAUGCCAGCUUUUGGCCGUAAAAAAAAUGAAAAGCUGGAAAAUAAAAUUGUUGCUGGACAAAUUGACCCGGAGAAYAAACAACGGUAGGCAGGCUAUCAGCGGGUCACCCACCACUUUACAAUGUGAGCUGGAGGCAGUAUGCAUUUUGAAAACAUACAUAAUUGUUUCAAARCUGAAUGUUUUACUCCAUAUUAUGAGCCGGUCUAAGGCACUGCAUCUCAGUGCAAGAGGCGUCACUACAGUCCCUGGUUCGAAUCCAGGCUGUAUUACAU